GCUUGCUCGUGCUGCUUCCGGCCAGCUCAGCCUGGCGGGGGACCAUGUCGGGCGCGGCGGGUGCGGGCUCGGUGGGCUCGGUGGUGCGGCGCUUCCUCGCGGAGUACGGCAGCGGCACGCCCAGCCGCCUCAAGGUGCUGGAUGCCUACCUUCUCUACGUACUGCUCACCGGGGCGCUCCAGUUCGGCUACUGCCUCGGCGUCGGCACCUUCCCCUUCAACUCCUUCCUCAGCGGCUUCAUCUCCGCCGUCGGCAGCUUCAUCCUCGGCGUUUGCCUCCGGAUCCAGAUCAACCCCCAGAACAAAGGCGAGUUCCAAGGCAUUUCACCAGAGCGGGCAUUUGCCGAUUUCCUCUUUGCCAACACCAUCCUCCAUCUCGUUGUCAUCAAUUUUGUGGGCUGAGCCCUAGAAGAGACUGUGAGGUCUUGAAUUGCUCUUGAGCUGUGAUUACACAGCCUGGCAUUGGGAAGUGCUGUUCCCCAGCAGACCUGCUUCCUUGGUGGAGGAAGGGAAUGCUGUGCUCAAGAUUUUUCCCCACAGACUGUCCUAUGGAGGGAUCUGCUGCCUCAUUACAGUUACUGUAAUCAUUUCCGUCAAUAAAACUCUUUAUAAUA